AUGGUUCAUGCACACGCCGCUCUUGUUGCUCUCUUUGUUUUCGGAGCUGUCUUCGUGCUUGCAGUCCCAGUUCCAGAAGAUCUUUCCAGCGCUCUCGUAGCUCGGUCGUUCACAUAUGGAAAGCGCUCGUCAUUGCCAUCCUCCUCAGGGUUCUCUAUUGCCAGUGGUCUCGAGGGUGAAGAACGAGAUACUCUCAGUCCCUUUGGAUCACCCAAAAGCCCUGUUUUCGACCGUCAUCCCGAACCCUAUAUCCACUCCGACAUCACCUCUCAAACGCCAAAUGGAGCGAUACUUUCUCAGAUAAACGCUUUAGUGCAAUACGGGCCGCUUAGAAACAGGCUUCAAAAGCUCCUAUCGAACUCACAUCCUCCGGCUAAACCUACCUGGAAUGCCCUCUUCGAUAUUUUGAGGAACCCUCACGACCACUCAACCAGAAGCAAAUGUGACGAGAUACUCAAUGGCAUAGAGAAAGUAGAUGCGAACACACAGCUCGAGAUAAUCAUUCUCUGGAUUAAUAAAAUCAUCACUGAAGCUGAUAGACGGGAAUUAGAAACGAUUGUCGGCAAGUUGAAGGAACAACCUAAAGAAGAUGCGUCUCUCGACUUUGUCGAUGACCUGUGGUUGAAGUACAACGAAGAGUUGAUGAACUAUAAGGUAGCCCUUGUGCAUGCUCUUCCUCGAGGUUUUCGAAGUCCUUAG